AUGUUUCCCCAAGUGAACCUUGAAAAUAAAAUCCAAUAGCUUAGUUAAGAAAAUGUGGAAUUGAAAUAGACAUUAGCAGAUCUGAAGUAUUUUAAUAAAGGAUUUACUUUAGAUUCGAAUAUGAGAAAUAGGUUCUAUUGUGUAAGGCAGCCUAAGAAUGGAAAAACAAGUAUGAUAGACUCUUUCAAGAAAAUCAGUAAUUGAAUCAAGAAUAAAAACAAUUGUAGGAUGAGAUAUCGAAUUUGAAGAAUUAGAUAAAGAAUUUCGAGUAUGUAAAUUACACAAUUAAUAGAAUUAAUAUGUAACAAAUAUAGGAGAAAACAACUAAUUUGAAUUAAUAUCAAUUGAUUGAGGCAAAUUCAAUAAGGGUUUAAUAGCAUAACCAAGAAUUAUAGAGAGAAUUAGAGACUUAUUAAUAAAAGGCAUAAUUUGUAUUACAAGUAAAUGUUUUAUAAAUUAAAAGCCGAAAACUGUAAUUGAUAAUAAUAUACAAUUCUACUAGUUAACUUUGGGUUGGAACAAGGACAUAUAAAAUUUACAAUUAUCAUAUAGAUAAGAGAAUGACAGUUUGAUAUUUGAUGGUUAUGGGGAAAUUGGGAAUAAAAAAGUAAUUUACCAAUAGAUCCAUAAUGUUGGGAAGAAGGCUCUCAAACAAAAUUAGAAACCAUUGAUUUCAUUGAAACAAUCGCAAAUGUAAAUGACUUUUGAAGUUUGAAAUUUUAUAAAUCAAAUUAAAUUAUUUAAUUCU